AUGCUACCAGAGACGCUAAUAAGGCUGCUCGAAGUGGGUGACGACUACCCAGAGGCCGAGAUUAUCGGCCUAGAUUUAAGUCCCAUCCAGCCUGAAUAUGUACCUCCAAACGUACAUUUUACAGUCGAUGAUGUUGAAGCAGACUGGCUGCAUGCACCCAACUCAGUUGACUAUGUUCACGUGAGGAACAUGGCGCCAGCCCUCAAAGAUUGGCCAAGGCUUUUGUCACAAGCGUACAGGGCUCUCAAACCUGGGGGCUGGUUUGAGAUGCAAGAUCUAGUUUUCGACUUUCUCUGUGACGAUGGUACAGUCACGGAGACAUACAAGCCACGAGAGGCAAUGCGCUACUUGACAGAGGCUUUGGCCACUUUCGACGUGGAUGUCAACAUCGCCAGAAACUUUGCAGGUUACUUGGAAUCAGCAGGCUUUACGAAUCAAAUUCAUGACAUGAGAAAGGUACCCGUGGGAACAUGGCCGAAAGAUCCGGACUUGAGUGCCAUUGGAGACUACUGCCGCGCGGUUAACUACGAUUCGCUUGGAGCAAUCACAAACUUACCUUUCACGAGGGGCUUAGGCUGGUCUAGGCUACGAGUAGAAGUGUUUUUGAUUGAAGUGCGCAAAGACUUGCUCAAUAACUCAUUCCAUCCAUAUCACUACUAUCACUCUUACUCUAGUCAAAAGCCUCUGCAGCAAAAGGAAUGA